CUCUUACAGAACCAGAUUAUUACACCAUCAACGUUGCUUCAAGUAUUUCCGUAGAUCUUGAAAACCCAUCCAACAUGAGUUACAUGUCCGUUGCUAUGCGCCCCUGGAUUUCCGUGGAAUCUUGGGGCCCAGAUCGCAUCGAUAUCAUCGGGAUCGGCACAGACAAUCAGAUGUACCGCAAGAGCUUCGACAGGGGUGAUGGCGGCUGGAAGCCCGCUGCCACUUCGUGGGAGCCACUGGGCGGCAAGUUCAAGCAGGUCCCCGCGGCCAUUUCCUGGGGUUUCGGCCGGCUUGACAUUUUUGGCAUUGGUCUCGAAAACCAGCCGUACCACAAGGCGUGGGGAAAGAACAGGAAGGCAGGAGGCUCCUGGAUUAUCAGCGACUGGCAGGGCAUAACAGGUGGGCUCGUAAGCGCUCCUGUCCCUGUCUCUUGGGGCAAUGGACGCAUCGACAUCUUCGGCAUCGGUGGCACGGGUCAUACGAUGUACCGCAGGACUUAUGGGGAAAAUUGGACUCCAGGCGCCUGGGAGAAACUUCCGGGCGAGUUCAAGAGCCUCCCCUCCGCUGUCUCAUGGGGUCCAGGCCGGAUUGAUGUUUUCGCCAUUGGCAUGGAUGACCAAAUGUACCACAGAGCAUAUGACGGUGGUAAAUGGCUGUCCAGUUGGAAUGGAAUGUCUGGCAAAUUCAAGAGCUCUCCGUUUGCUGUAUCAUGGGGCUCAGGUAGGCUUGAUGUCUUUGGCAUCGGGCUUGAUGAUCAAAUGUACCACAAAGCCUACGACGGAAAGGACUGGGUUUCGAAGGACUGGAAGGGGAUCAGUGGCAAGUUCAAGAGCACCCCCUCAGCUGUCUCAUGGGGUUCAGGCCGGAUCGAUGUUUUCGGCAUCGGGCUAGAUGACCAGAUGUACCAUAAAGCAUUCGACAAUGGUAACUGGCAAGGUGACUGGAAGGGAAUGACUGGAAAGUUCAAGAGCGCUCCCGCCGCGGUCUCGUGGGGCAAAGGCCGUAUCGAUGUAUUUGGUAUCGGAACGGACGAUGCAGUUUGGCAGCAAUACUACGGUGACAAUAAGUGGUCUGGAGGUUGGGGAUCUCUCGGCGGAAAGUUCAAGACAUUCUAAGCGCUUUGGUACUGUGUGGGACUUCGUAGAUUUCUAGCCCAACCUCAAAUCGACUUCUGCCU